GCACUGAUUGACUUGAAAUCUAAAAGGUGGAAGUUGAUUGCACAUUGCAUCAGAAUCUUUUUGGUGGGCAGUUUUUGGAAGAUGAGGACAAUUCUUGUUACAGGAGCUAACAGAGGCAUAGGGUUGGCGUUCGUACGGCUGCUGGCCCGGUACGAGCCUACCCCCGCGUUCGUCUUCGCUACGUGCAGGUCGCCUGACACAGCAAAGGAACUGCAAGAUCUUGCUGCAACUCACACACAUGUCAGAAUUUUAAAAAUAGGUAACUAUUGCCCUUUUCACAGUAUACAGGAUGGAUGAAUAGGUUUAGUGGAAUUUUUUUAUUUAAUCCAGCUCAAAAGACAAAAUGUCUUUACCACUUCAUCGAUUUUCACGAAACCCGUUAUCCAUCUUAUAUACAGAUGUGCAAAAUGAAUCAACUUAUGGUCCUGCAGUUGAGGCAGUAUCUAGUCUAGUAGGAGAGAAUGGACUCAAUGUUCUUAUCAACAAUGCUGGUGUGUAUUCCAGGGACGGCUAUGAGACAGUCACUAGGGAAUAUCUCACCAGUAUAUUCGAGAUCAACAUCAUCGGUCCUAUACGUAUCACACAGGCUUUCCUACCACUUCUGAAGAGAGGAGCACGGAAUAGCAAAAUAGAACGAUUCAGCAUAGAGAGAGCAGCGGUUAUCAACAUGGCCUCUAAGAUGGGUAGCAUAAGUUUAAACACUAGCGGUGGAGCUGCAGGUUCCAGAGAAAGUAAGGCCGCCCUCAACAUGUUCACACGAGGUCUGAGUAUAGAACUGAAGACAGACAAGAUCCUUGUGGUAUCACAGUGCCCAGGCUGGGUAUCAACUCUCGCAGGCGGACCGGAUGCUCCCAAAACACCGGAGAUUUCUGUAUCUGAGAUGCUUCAAAUAUUUGCACUAUAUUCCGAAGAACAUACAGGCUGCUAUUUAGACAAUCAAAUCCCUCUCACAUUCAGCCAGUAUUAGCAUGAUUAAAGUCUUCUUCAUGGAUAUUCAAACAUAGCAGUUAACUAACUUGAACAAUUGAACAACUAUCGUUAAGAUGAGAGGAGAAAAAUUCCUUCGUAAUCUAGAUUCAAGACGAAAAAUAAAUAAAUCGAAGCAAAUUUAAUUUCAAUUACCAUGAUUACGUCGUUUACGUGUAUUAUCCAAGUCCCUUGGAAGCGCAUAGAGACGUUAUAAUGUUUUAUACGCUAUUCAAGAACUGUCUAUUUUUAUUAUUAUCUAGUCGAUGUUUCAUCAUUAAAGUUAAUAAACAUAUUUCUUUUUCUCUGACAUUUCCUCCAUACCACAGAAAUGUGACCGAAACAAUCAAAAUCAUGUAUAUUAUUUCAUUAGCUAAAUCUAGACCACUUUCACGACCUAUUUCAAAAAUACAUUUUAAAAUUUAUACUUCUCAGAAUUAAUUCACUGUAUACUAUAUUAUACCGUAAAUAUAAUCAUAUAAUCCCAAUAGGUACUCCGGGCUUUAAAAAAAGAUUUACAGAGCAAUAUGCUUUAAGUUUCAUCAAAAUCUGAAGUAACGAACGGAAAAGUUAUUGAAAUAUUAAUGUUUGGCAAUAUUUUCUGAAAAACUGCUAUGCACUCGUGCAUGAGUAUGCCUAUAUGCAGUAGGCAGAUGGGCUUAUGAUGUGAUGUCCCACUUUUCAGUCCUUGUAUUAAGUUAGUAGGCCCUACAUUGAUUUAUAAUUAUUUUGUAUUUUCAUACAUAUCAUAUCUCCCUUAAAUAAGUUGCAUCAAUGAUUAUCUUAUACCGAAUAAGUGGGGAUAUGACAGUAUGACAUCAUCAGCUUGCACAUUGCAUAAUCAUGAUUACGCGCAUAUAACUGUUUCAUCGAAAUAAAGCAAAAUUUAAAAUCUUGUUAA